GUGUUGUUCUCUCUCACUAAUCUAAUGAGAUAGAGUGAAAAAAUUUCCCAAAAUUUGCUCUCAACAAAAUCUGGGCGUAAGGCAAGGGCAUCGCCCCCUUCUUCUCUCUUCUCUCUCUUCUUUUUCUCUCUCUAUCUCGCGGUUCCUUCGCACAAAAUCUCUGGAUUUUGGCUAUUUCCAGAGCGAUCGAUCGAUCUGGAACGCGGAGAAGAACCUACCGCUUCGCAAUUGCCAACCACACCCAAGUGAGCCCUCAAAAGUGAAAACCCCUCUCACUCCUUCGUCGAUGGCGGAUUCCAGGAGGAGAUCUGCGACGCAGCGCCUGAUCUAGGGUUUCCCCUUCGUUCCUCCGAAUCUAGGGUUUCUCCGAGGCGUGCGAAUUCGAUUUCGAAUUGAUGUUUCUUUUCAGGGGCGAAGCUGGGAUCGACUCGGAAGAUGGAGGAUUAUUAUGCAUGGGUCCUGUCGUGAGGAGUGGAAACACAACCGGCACAUGUGGCCUGUACCUGCUAACGCGACCACUGUAGCACCCAUCGAUUCUUCACCGUCUCAAUUUAUAUCCAAAGAUGGACGCAAGAUUCGUGCUGGUGAUUGUGCACUUUUCAAGCCACCCAGGGACUCCCCUCCUUUUAUUGGAAUAAUUCGCAAAUUAACAUUUGAUAAAGAAGAAAGUCCAAGUUUAGAAGUGAAUUGGCUUUACCGACCUGCUGAUUUGAAGCUUGCCAAAGGAAUUGUGCUGGAAGCUGCACCGAACGAAGUCUUUUACUCCUUUCAUAAGGAUGAAACACCUGCUGCAUCAUUACUCCAUCCGUGUAAAGUCGCAUUUCUUCGUAAAGGUGUUGAACUUCCUUCAGGGAUAUCCGCAUUUGUCUGUAGACGAGUUUACGACAUUGAGAACAAUUGUUUAUGGUGGCUAACUGAUAAGGACUACCUUAAUGAACGACAGGAAGAAGUUAACCAGCUAUUAGACAAGACAAAACUAGAGAUGCAUGGGGCUGUGCAGUCAGGAGGCCGUUCUCCAAAACCCUUGAAUGGUCCAACAUCAACACAGUCAUUGAAAUCUGGUUCUGACAACAUUCAAAAUAGUUCUUCCUUUGGUGCACAGGGUAAGGGGAAAAAGAGAGAGCGGGGUGAUCAAGGUUCUGAUUCAUCUAAAAAAGAACGGUUAUUUAAGAUAGAGGAUGGAGAUUCUGGUCAAUUUAGACCGGAGAGCAUGUUAAAGUCUGAGAUUGCUAAAAUUACUGAUAAAGGUGGGCUUGUGAACUUUGAGGGAGUUCAAAGACUGGUACAUCUUAUGCAACCUGAUAGUGCUGAUAAAAAAAUAGAUUUGGCUGGGCGGAUAAUGCUUGUUGAUGUAAUUGCACUUACAGACCGGUAUGACUGUCUUUCCUGGUUUGUACAGCUUAGGGGUUUGCCUGUGUUGGAUGAAUGGCUGCAGGAGGCCCAUAAGGGCAAAAUUGGUGAUGGAAAUAUGCCUAAAGAAAGUGAUAAGUCUGCUGAAGAAUUUUUGUUAGCUUUACUUCGUGCAUUGGAUAAGCUUCCUGUGAACCUUCAUGCAUUACAAACCUGUAAUGUGGGGAAGUCUGUCAAUCAAUUGCGUGUCCACAAAAAUUCUGAAAUUCAGAGGAAAGCUAGGAGUUUAGUAGACACAUGGAAGAGACGUGUGGAAGCUGAAAUGAAUAUGAAUGAUUCGAAGUCUGGUUCAAACCGCACUGUUUCUUGGCCAGCAAAGCCGGCAAAUUCGGAGUCUCCUCAUGUUGGAAAUAGGAAAACAGGAGGAUCAUCAUCUGAUAGAGGAUCAUCAUCUGAUAAUGUUGUGAAGAACACAGCAUUUCAACCCGUAAUAUCUAAAAAUUCCCAAUCUAAGUUAAGUGCUGGAGAAGCAUUGUCCAAGUCCUCUUCAUCUUCUACCUCAACUAAAACAAUGAUUGCCUCAGCAGGCAGUAACUCAAAAGAUCAAAACAGUAAAGUCUUGGUUGGGGCCCCAACGUCAGAUCUACCACUUACACCUAUAAAGGAGGAGAAAAGCAGCAGUUCUAGCCAAUCUCAGAAUAACAGUAUAUCUUGUUCUAGUGAACAUGCUAAAACUAUUGGUUCUUGCAGGGAAGAUGCGAAGAGCUCAACUGCAGUGUCAACAAGUGUGAGCAAAAUUCCUGGUGGUUCAUCUCGAACUCGGAAGGCAAGCAAUGGUCUACAUGGGACUGGUGUUGCAGUAGUGCAGAAGGAGCACAGCUCUGCUAAAAGUUCAUCUAGAAAUUCACCAUCUGAAAAAGUUUCACCAACUCGAGUGUCCCAUGAAAAAUCUGCUGACCAGCCCCCUACUGAUCAAGGGAAUAAUCAGCGGUUGAUUCUCAGGUUGCCAAACACUGGUCGCAGUCCUUCAAGGGGAGCUAGCAGCGGCUCUUUUGAAGAACCAGCUAUCACAUGCAGCAAAGCUUUGUCUCCUGCAGACAGGAAUGAUAAUCUGGACAGAAGAGUGAAAACUAAAACUGACUGUUUGCUGGCCCAUGUGUCAAAUAUGAUGAAUGAUGCAUCUGAUGCUAAUGAAGCUCUGAUUGGUGCUGACGAAAGUAAGGGAUCUCCAACGGUUGAGGAGCGAUGCAGGGCAAAUGAAGAUGGUGAUAAAGUAGCUGAAACGUCGAAACCUAGUUUGCCAUCUGGGUUUGUUUCCAGAUCAGGGCAGACUUAUGAUGCUUCUUUAAGUCCCAUGAAUGCAUUAGUUGAAAGCUGUGUGAAAAUUUCUGAAGCAAGUGCAUCUGUGUCCCUUGGAGAUGAUGGGAUGAACCUACUAGCUACUGUGGCUGCAGGGGAAAUAUCCAGAUCUGAAAAUGCCUCACCUUUGGCAUCCCCUGAGAGAAAGUCUCCUAUUGAUGAAUUGAGCUCUGACAAUGAUUCCAAGUUAAAACAUUCUGGUGAAGCAGCUGUGCGCGCUCUUGGACAAUUGGAUGGUGGACUUACUGGAGAGCAUCUUUUGAAUACAGUUGAUUCAUUACAGAUAAAAAAUGAUUUGAGGCAUCCUGCUACUGCAGUCUCACAUGAUAUUUCAGGGGAUGGUGAAACCAUUUCACCCAGUUGUGCAGAAAAAACUGGUGAUGGUAGAACUCAGAUAAUUAUCUCCCCAACAGAUUUGUUACAAAAUGCUGAAGGUCCAUGCAUACGGCCAGAAACUAAGGAGGAUACUUCUGAAACUAUGUUGCUAGCUAAAAAUGAGACUAAUGCAGAUUCUGGAUGUUCAGACUCUAAAUUGAAAUCAAGGUCUUCCUCUUUAAAUGAUCAGAAAGUUGGUCACUUGAAUGAGGAAAUCAUCGAGAACGAGAAAAUGUUGGUUUCAAAAGAUGUUGCUAGUUCUGAGGCUAAAGAUGAAUUAGGUGAAAAACAUCCUGAGUUAUCCGCAUGUGUUGAUAAUGAGGACCCGAUUAGUGAAGAAAUGGCAACAGGUACAGGUAUGCUAGUGCAAAAAGCUUCUCCAGUUGCAGAAAACUAUGAGUCUACAUAUUUUAAAAAGGAGUCACCUGCUUCUGGUAAUGCUUUAAUGGUACCCAGGGAUGAAAAUGCUGAUGACAUGAAGUCAGUUGUGAUUGAGGCUGAUGAAAGACGAAUGGAGCAGGAUUCAUCCGUUUCAGAUGAUGUUAAUGAAUGUGCUGAAGAUACUAUGGACAGAGAAGAGGCCAAUGGUCAGUGUUCUGGCUCAACAGUUCACCCAAAUUUAUCAACAAUGCCUAGAAAAGAGAAUGAAGUGUCCAAGGCAUGUGAGCAUAAGCUGGAUGCAAAUCAAUCUGAGGUUGCAGGAGAGAAGCAUCCACGUUCUGCCGCUGGGUCUGAUGCUGCUGUUAAGUUGGACUUUGAUUUGAAUGAAGGCUAUCCUGUAGAUGAUCUAAGCCAAGGGGAGAUUGCUAGACAGGAAGAUCCAAUCACAUCAUCUGCAGUUCAUCUUCCUUGCCCAUUGCCUUUUCCCAUUUCGUCCAUCUCUGGGGCCUUCCAUUCUUCAAUUACAGUGGCAUCUGCUGCCAAAGGGCCGGUUGUUCCACCUGAAAACCCAUUGCGGAUUAAGGGGGAACUUGGAUGGAAAGGGUCUGCUGCUACAAGUGCAUUCCGGCCUGCUGAGCCUAGGAAAAAUUCUGAGACACCAUCUACUAAUGAUAUUCCUUCCGUUGAUGUCACUUCUAUCAAACAGGGUCGCCCUCCCUUAGAUUUUGACUUAAAUGUGGCUGAUGAAAGGAGUUUCGAAGAUGAUGGUUCACGUGGUUCAUUUGGUUCAUUAGAAUCUGGACCACUUGAUCGUAGCGCCGUUGGUCUUGAUCUUGAUUUGAACAGGGUUGAUGAGACUCCUGAAAUUGGUACUUUCUCUAUAAGCAAAAUGGAUAUUCCUUUACCAAGUAAGCCUUCACUUUCCAGUGGGUUAUCUAAUGGUGGAAGUGUCUCAAGAGACUUUGAUUUAAAUAACGGGCCAGGUCUUGAUGAAGUUGGCAGUGAAGUCCCAGCACGUAGUCAGCAGAUGAAAAGUACUAUACCAUUCCCAUCUGCUGUUCAUGGCACGAGAACUACUAACGCUGAAUUUGGGAAUUAUUCUCCAUGGUUUCCUCCAGGCAAUUCUUAUUCUGCAAUUACUGUCCCGCCUCUUCUGUCUGGUAGAGGGGAGCAGAGUUAUGUAGCUGGUGCUGGGGCACAACGGAUAAUGGGUCCCACAGGUAGCACUUCUUUUGGUCCUGAAAUCUACAGGGGACCAGUGCUUUCAUCCUCUCCAGCUGUUGCUUAUGCACCUACUACACCUUUUCCAUAUCCAGGAUUUCCAUUUGAAACCAACUUUCCAUUAUCUUCAAACUCCUUUUCUGGUUGUUCAACAGCUUUUAUGGAUUCCUCAACUGUGGGUGGGCUAUGCUUUCCUACCAUGCCCUCGCAGCCAGUUGGGCCUGGUGGUGUUGUUUCAUCCUCGUAUCCCCGUCCAUAUGUUAUGAGCCUCCCUGGUGGUACAAGUAAUGUGAUUCCUGACAGCAGAAAAUGGGGAAGUCAAAGUCUGGAUCUUAAUUCAGGCCCUGGUGGUACCGAUACGGAACGAAGAGAUGAUAGACUGCCUUCAGGGUUGAGGCAAAUGUCUGUUCCCAAUUCACAGGCCUCGAUGGAGGACCACUUGAAGAUGUUUCCAAUGGCAGGUGCAUUGAAAAGAAAGGAACCUGAUGGUGGAUGGGAUGGAACUGAGAGAUUAAGUUACAAGCAACCUUCAUGGCAAUAGGAUCAUGGCUCUUCAAUGCAAAUAUUUAAGAGUGUUUAGGACUUGAAAUGUAUUGAAGCUGUAACUGUUCUGACGCAGCUACUAUGGAAUGUCCAAAAGAUUGAGGAUGAUAUUUGAGUGUUGAGCCAUGGACAAUGAGCAGAGAUGCUACCCUUGCUGCUGAUGUGCCUCUUCAUUUCUGACUUGAUAAAGCGAUCAGAGCCUCUGAUGCAGUUGUUUUGUAUGAAUCUGCUGCUCCCAGAUUGUCGCUUGCAGAUAAGUUUUUUCCUGUGUAGAUAUCUAACCGAAACAGCAGGUGUGAUAAUGCCGCCUAGAAUCAGAGAAAUUGGCAUCAAGUGUUUGACUGUGACUGUUCUGCAACAGCACCGAGCCCAAUCCAUUCUCGAGCAUUUGGAAGGAGAGGAUUGGAUGUAUGAACUGGCUAUAGGCUUGAGGCCAGUUUGUCUUCUUUAAAUCAUUUUUUUUUUCCAACUUUUGUUACAUAUAUAGUUAUUGCUGUAGUCUUGACUUUCGAAUUUUGUCACUUAUCACAUUCUGGUUAUUGAUAUAUGCACAGGUUAGCCACCAUGGCCAAUGUGUCACUUCUCUCU